AUGUUUCCCCCAGAAAAUUCCCCAGAGUACCAUUUUCCUUACAUCGAACCCCUCGAGUUCGAUUUCCCAUGCGAAGAAAAUGCCGAAGCUGCAUAUUGCUCGACCCUGCUAUGGACCGGGAGAACUGAGCAACAGCCCCAACCCCAACACAUUGGAAAAACAAUCCACGAUCAAACCAUCCCAUGGGAGAACUUGAGCACAGGAGCUCAAUGGAUUGUACUCGAGAUUCUUUGUCAAGAUGGCCUGUCCGAGGGUGGGAGUCCAAGAGGCUUUGCAUCGAUCAUCAGCACCGUCCUACGGCUCUCACGCGCCCAGAUACAGACGUUCCUAACCACAUACAUAACCCAAUAUGAAGCGUACAAAGAAUGGAAGAAGUCGUUAGGCAACAUCGACUGGGACAAACUCAAACAACUUGCCUCCAAUGCGAACAGGUCUAUCCUCGAUCUACUUCCCUCGGGCAGACCAGACUUGAGCUUUGACCGCAUCUCCAACGAUGAGAUGGAAACGGCCGACAUCUUCCUCCGCUCGCACCGUUUGGACCGUUUCUCAGACAUGCUCUAUAACUGGGUUGGGCUGAACAUCCGCCAGGACUUUUUAGAGCUGCCCAUCGAGAUCGAGAUUUUGCAAGAUUGCCUUGAUGCUCAACUCCUUCGAAGGGCACACGCAAGGGGCCUGAUCGAUCUAGAUGCCGUGGAACGCCGGUAUCGUGACGUUUGCGACAAUGGAAAUCUCCAAAGCCGAGUGCCCUCCGACGUCUUCGCGUCCAUCAGAGGCCACGAUGCACACGCCAGCCAAGGGGCUGUUCCCGCUUCCCAGACCAAAAAAGGGCGUCGACAGACUGCCGCCGCCGACAAGAAGGCCGGUGGUCGUGGCCGGCAGCCAACCAAGAGCGGCAACGACAACAAGCGGAAGAAGAGAGCCGAUUCUGUUGUCCACGCGGAUGCUGGUCGUGCUUCCAGCCCAUCAUCCAACGCGGGGGCACAGCGGGCGAGGGCCCGGCCGCAGAGUUGCAAGGAGGCGACCGAGGUACGUGAAGCUCUUAGGAGACAGUUCUUUUGCCACGCUCAGCCAUUCUUGCCGGGCUCCUUUGUUUCCACCCUCAUUGAGCAGCAGCGGUCGCCAACUCGCACGUUCAAAAUGACUAAUUGUCAGUUUGAGUGCCAGCCCCCGAGCAAGGACGUCAUUACCGUCUCACGUCCUGCGUCUGCGAAUUAUCUGAACCGAGGUCCCGAAUCGCCUGAACAUGCCGUUGAACCUACGAAGGGUGAGGUGCUGGCUCCUUCUGUGCUCGAGAAGCAGCCUGAAGAUCCGGGUAAUGCAGAUGAAUUACUUCCCCCGCCGUUCCUCGUCGGCUACCAGUCUCUUAAACAGGGCGUUGUUCAGGACAACCCGCUACGACCUGGGUUGACUACAGAGAACUUGAGAGAACACCAAGGGGUUAAGCAUUCGCUACCAUCACGACCGAUUACAGAGAACAUGAAGUCACUUCGCGGUGGAGAGAGGCCGGAACGACCUUAUAUCCCACUAUCGAUGAAGGAAAAGGCAUCCAGCGACGAUGCAGCCCAGCAUGUUAAAGAGCCCUCGUUGCAGAAAAGUUUGGACAGAACUGCCGCGUUUAGAAAAGUUGCAGAACCCUGCUCCGGCGAACAGGACCAGUCCACGGCGGCGAGCCAACUGCGAGAGGCUCUCGACACACGGUACCAAAGUUACCUUGAAUCCCCAGAGGCCCCGAUCCCGCGUCGGAGAGAGCGCAAGCCCAGCCGCCGGGUGAGAGACAACUAUCUGGUCGAUGCUGCAGCUGCACCCGAUUCGGACGGCGAUGAUGACUAUAUCCCAGAGACCGAGAAGGCCCUGAAACAUCAGGAUAACCAAUCAGGAACAACCCGUCUCCGUUCAGAAGGAACUAAACGGAAGGUGAACCAAGCACUACUUUCUUUAGCUGAAGCUGCUAGGUCUGCCAGUUCAGCACCAUCGGAGGAUUCCCAGGCUGCCGAGAGCAGCAACCAGGCAAGUUCUUCGUCUUUUACAUCGGGCGUUGGCGUUAUCCCUCCUCCACCUUCUACUACGGCCUCGGGCAGCAUGCCACCGCAAGGGAGGUCCGGUAAUAGAGCUAGAUUCUCAUCAGCUCGGAAGGUCGAACCAAUCUUCGGCCAGUACAGGAACAGGGUUCUGACCACGCAGCGAGGCAGGCUGGGGACGACGUGGUACGCCUGGUCGGCCUGUCAUGCUGAGUUCGCCGCCACCGCGGUCAAGGCCCGGUUCGCUCUGCGGGCGGACAGAGCCUCUGGUGGUGGCGUUAGUGGAGCUUUGAGCCAGGAGGAUUUGAAGAUGAUAGUCAAGGAGCAGCAGCAGUUUGCGGCGGCCGAGCGUGCCGUGCAGGGCGACGUUGGACAGGACGCUGAGCGGGCCCGGUAUGCUGGGUGUGCUGAUUUUGCGGUUUAUGCUCUGGAUGCUGAAGAAGCGGAGUUUGCGCGGGAGUUUCUUUCGUCUGAUCAUGGAGAGGGAGGGGAUGAAGGCGAGGGCGGAGUGACGGAGAUGGAAGGGGUCGAUGAGCAGAAUGAGGAUGUUGUUAUGGAAGGAUGA